ACACUCACAACACCGACACUCACAACACCGACACUCGCAAAACCGACACUCGCAAAACCGACACUCACAACACCAACACUCACAACACUGACACUCGCAAAACCGACACUCGCAAAACCGACACUCGCAAAACCGACACUCACAACACUGACACUCACAACACUGACACUCGCAAAACCGACACUCGCAAAACCGACACUCACAACACUGACACUCGCAAAACCGACACUCGCAACACUGACACCCACAACACUGACACUCACAACACUGACACUCACAACACUGACACUCACAACACUGACACUCACAACACUGACACUCACAACACUGAAACUCACAACACUGACACUCGCAACACUGACACUCACAACACUGACACUCACAACACUGACACUCACAACACUGACACUCACAACACUGACACUCACAACACUGACACUCACAACACUGACACUCACAACACUGACACUCACAACACUGACACUCACAACACUGACACUCGCAACACUGACACUCGCAACACUGACACUCACAACACUGACACUCACAACACUGACACUCACAACACUGACACUCACAACACUGACACUCACAACACUGACACUCGCAACACUGACACUCACAACACUGACACUCACAACACUGACACUCACAAAACCAUCAGUUACAAAACCAACAAUUACAACACUCACAAUCACUUAUAAGAUGCACAUAUAUCUUAUAUAUCUAAAUCUUAUAAAUGAUUAUGUUGAAAACCUCAAUAUUUUAAACUGAAAUGUCAAUAAGCAG